AUGGAGUCGUUUCAGAAACAAAUCAAAACCCAAACUCUGAUUAAAUUAAUUUUAGUCUGUUCUUCAUUUUUUACCAUUUCAAUCUGCGUAUCAGUGCUAAUCCUAGCCAAAACAAAGGUAGUAGAACUGAGUUAUUCACCACAAGUGUCAGAGUCUGAUCCUACCACUGUUGAUCAUCUUGUAUUUGGAAUUGCCUCAACCGGAAAUUCAUGGUUUCGGAGGAAGCAAUACAUAAAGCUAUGGUGGAACAGCAUACCCAAUAAAACAAUGAGAGGAUGUGUUUUCGUAGAUACUCUCCCACAUGGAGAAAAUGCCAACAAUGAUGCUUCUCUUCCUCCUCUCUGUGUCUCUCAAGACACUUCCAAGUUUCUCUACACUCACAAGGGUGGUCUACGGUCGGCAAUCCGUUUGACACGUAUUGUGAAAGAGAUCGUGGCAUUUAACCAUUCUGGUGUUAGAUGGUAUGUGUUUGGGGAUGAUGACACCAUUUUCUUCCCUCACAAUCUGCUCAAAACACUUUCCAAAUAUGACCACAGGCUUUGGUACUAUGUUGGGUCAACCUCGGAGAUUUAUGAUGCCACCCAGGUUUUUGGUUUUGGAAUGGCAUUCGGUGGAGGUGGUUUUGCCAUCAGUUCCUCCCUGGCACAAGUCCUAGCCAAGGUUCUUGAUUCAUGCAUACAAAGGUAUCCACAUCUGUAUGGAAGCGAUGCUAGGGUCUACUCUUGCAUAACUGAACUAGGUNUCGGANUAACACAUGAACCAGGUUUUCAUCAGGUCGAUUUGCGGGGAAAUAUCUUUGGCCUUUUGGCUUCUCAUCCGUUAACUCCCUUAUUGUCCUUACAUCACCCAGAUCACACUGAUCCUAUCUUUCCCAACAUGUCAACCAAAAAAUCACUGCAACAUUUAUUUGAAGCUGUUCAUGUCGAUUCCGAGAGGAUCCUGCAACAAACAGUUUGUUACGAAAAGAGGUUGUCNUGGACAAUUUCAGUUUCAUGGGGCUAUGCUGUUCAAGUGUUCCAGAACAACAUGGUUUUGCCUGAGGUUUUGAGGGUGGAAAAAACAUUCAGACAAUGGUUGCCAGGAAAUGUUUUUAAAGGAAUAUAUAAUUUCAACACAAGAGAAUUUCAGCGCGAACCAUGUAAAAGACCCACCGUUUUCUACCUAGAUGAAGUGUCUUCUGCCAAAUAUGGUAGCAUAAGCAGUUACAAGAGACAAUUUCAAAAUUGUUCAUACAAUUCAUCAAUGAGUGAACUGGAAGUGAUCAAAGUGGUGACAAAUGAGUUACACUAUGACAGCAAACAGAGCCGACGACGGUGUUGUGAUGUGUUGCCUUCUAAUGCUGGUAACUUGAUGGAAAUUGCAAUCAGAGAGUGCAAUUAUGAAGAACUGAUUUUUAUGAACUGACAGAACAAGUAUAUAUGAAAUCUAUUUUUCUACAUAACAAAUGUUUGAGUUUGCAGAAUGUAAUAGACGGUGUAAGGGAAUUUUACCCAGAGUUUUUGAAUUCAUAUAUUUUAUGUGUACUUUCAACGGCAGCAUUUGAUGCCAUU